GACCUCGGUGAUGCCAUCGAUAUGCACACAUUCAGCCAGAUCCUUGAAAUGGAUGACAGCGAGGAUGACCGGGACUUCAGCCACCAAAUUGUCUUCGAGUUCUUCGAGCAGGCCGAAGAGACGUUUGACAAGAUGGACGCUGCACUUGAGGCCAAGGAUCUCACGGAACUCUACCGUCUCGGACACUUCCUCAAGGGUUCUUCCGCUACCUUGGGCCUUGCCAAGGUCAAGGACAGUUGUGAAAAAAUCCAGCGAUUUGGCAAGAAAGAAAACGAAGACGGCAGCGCACAACCGGAUGAAGAGCUUUGCCUGUCACGAAUUACCGAGACUCUCGCACAGGUCAAAACAGAGUAUGCCGAGGCCGAAGCGACACUUCGAAAAUUUUACGGUGCUGCGUGA